UAUUCACGUGAAGUCACACUGGAUCCAAACACAGCAAACACAAAGCUGUUAUUAUCUGAGGGGAACAGAAAAGUGACAAGAAUGAGUCAACAUCAGUCUUAUUCUAGUCACCCAGACAGAUUUACUGACUGGCCUCAGGUCCUGAGUAGAGAGAGACUGACUGGACGUUGUUACUGGGAGGUGGAGAGGAGAGGAGGAGGAGUUGGUGUUGCAGUCACAUACAAGAAUAUCAGCAGAGCAGGGGGAUCACUUGAAUGUUCAUUUGGAGACAAUAACAAAUCUUGGACGUUAUAUUGUUUAAAAAACAGUUCUAACUUUUAUUACAACAAAGUCUACAUUCCUGUCUCAGGUCCUUGGUCCUCCAGAGUUGGAGUGUACCUGGAUCACAGUGCAGGUAUUCUGUCCUUCUACAGCGUCUCUGAAACCAUGACUCUCCUCCACAGAGUCCAGACCACGUUCACUCAGCCUCUCUAUGCUGGACUUUAUGUUGAUUAUUAUGGAUCCUCUGCUGAG